AAUUGUAACACACAAAUAAAAAAAACAAAACAGGUCAAUUUUAGAUAAAUAAAAACCGCAAAAUAUGUUUACAAUUACACAAAUAUAAUAUAGCAGCUAAUACUUCGAUAACGAUAAACGUUUCUGGAUAAUAGAGUACUGCAUCGCCCUCUACCGUCAAUUGUCAAAAAUCCAAUACAACAGAUGAUGACGAAUGCUCCAUAUCAUUUUAUUACUUUGUCGCCCCUCUAAAAAACGUACACCACAAACAACCAAAAUCGCCGCAACACUGCAGUGAUAUGUGAACUAAAUCGAUCAACAAUUGUGCGGAAAAACAAAUUAAUUAAGUGCGUGAAAAGUGUCAGUGGUUUUUAAGGUUAAACGUCAAAACAGGCCAGAAAAUGGGCACAUUCAAAGUGAUCGCCUUGUACGACUUCGAGGGCGAGCCCGACUCGGCUGAGCUGACGAUCAAGGCGCAAGAAGUGCUGACGGUCACGCGGACCGACGUCGGUGAGGGCUGGUGGGAGGGUUUGAACGUUUUGGGGAAGUCGGGCCUGUUCCCGCAGGCCUACGUCGAACGUUUGCCCUCCGAUAAUAAAACAUCUCCCCCGGCCAUGCCCGCGCCUGUUUUUAACCAGGCCUGGGAGAAGAAGAGCUCACCGACUGAGGACCAGGAUGAUUGGGAUGAUGACUGGGAUAAUGAUGAUACGUAUUCGGAAAUAGGGCAGGGAAGUGUUAAACAAGAGGGGUAUUAUAGCAAUGAACCUAAUCAUAAUGUUCCUGUGGUGCCAUACAUGGCCAGGGAUCAAAUGGGGGGUAGUAACACUCAACUUGAUAACAAGGGUACUGUUUCCAAGAAGACUUUGAACAGGUUCUCGCAGAUCGUUAAAUCGGGGUUGGAGAGUUACUUGUUAGGAGGCCCAACAAGCGUACCAGCACCCACCCCCGAUAUAAAAAUCUACCGUGAAGGCACCCAAUCAACAUGGGAACCGAUAUCGAAUCCCUAUACCGUGCAAAUCAACUCGCCAAAGAAGGCGACCAAAAUGGGCGGUCUGAAAUCGUUCAUCGCGUACACGCUCACCCCCUCGUUCUCCAAUGUCGAGGUGUCACGACGCUACAAGCACUUCGACUGGCUGCACAACCGGUUAACUGAAAAGUACAACCUGCUGGCGGUACCGCCGCUCCCCGACAAACAGAUAUCGGGCCGGUACGAGGACCAAUUCAUCGAACACAGACGAGUGCAGCUGCAGGAGUUCAUCAACUACAUGUGCCGGCAUCCGGUUUUCUCGCAGAGCGAGGUCUGGCACCACUUCCUUACUUGCACGGACGAGAAACAAUGGAAGGACGGCAAACGGAAGGCGGAACGUGACCCCUUUACUGGGGCCAAUUUCUGUUUGACCGUCGCUGCGCCCGAAAAGGAACUGUUGACCUCAGACCGGAAACUGGACGAGGAAACGGCGUAUGUUAUUAAGUUGGAUCAGCAAAUUAAGAAACUGCUGCAGACUUGCGGUGAUCAGUUGGGGAAAUGCGGUAAUAUGUAUAAGAGGGAGAAUAUGCGGAUUGGGGAGAGCUUUUUCGCAUUAGGGGCGGCCAUCGACAAGAACAGCAAAGAACCCUCACAAGUUUCAAGGGAAAUACAUAAUAUUGGCAUAGUUUACACAAAAAUCGGCACUUUAUUUGAAGAAAUUUCACGGGAUCACUGGCAAACGUUAUGCGACAAACUGUACAUUUACAAGGGAAUUACCAGCUGUUUCCCCGAGAUCAUUCACAUUCAAAAACAAUCCGAGUCGAAAAAACGGGAGAUAGAAAAGAACGCGACGAAUCCCAGAGAGGUGGCGGACUUGAAGAAAAGAUGCGACACUUUAACCUAUACAGUUUUCGCCGAAAUCAAUCACUUCCAAACGGAGAAGAACACCGACCUAAGAAUGGCGAUGAAACAAUUCCUGCAGGACCAGUUGAAGUUUUAUCAGAAUAUUGUGGGACAGUUGCAGGAUACUUUAGACAAAUUUGAUUGAGUGCAAUUAUGUUAAUUUAAGUGAGCAGGGUAAUUGAGAUUGGGCGGUUUUUACGAAUAACAGUGCUUGUACCAAAAAUAAUUCUUUAUACUCGAGCGCAACUGAAUCAUUAUUUUAUUGUGUAUAUUUUGUAUAUAUCUUUAUACAUACUAUUCAAACAAAUUUAUACACUUGUUGCCGUAAUAUUGCUAUUGUUUAACUUUCUUAUAUUAAUUGAGUAAAUGUAAGUAUUUCUUGAGCUGUGUAGAAAUUCCAUAUUUUGUAUAUUUAUUGUUUAAUUUGUAUACACUUGUAUUAUAUAUAUUUUUAUUAUACAUGUAAUUUAUAUUAUUAAUAAACAUUUAAAAAUAA